AUCGACAUCAAAUAAAUUUUUGACUGUAUUGAAAAGGCCAACAGCGAAAAAAAAUUAUUCGCACACAGAUUCGGAGCAUAUUCGAUUCAUGCUAAAUUUUUUUACAUUCCUUGAUUGAUUGAUCUCUCUUAGUUUUUUUAUCAUUUUAAUCUUAAUUGAAAAAAUAGAAUUGAAUCAUUGAUAAUGGCUUCGGCGCCAUCAGCAGCAGCUUCGGCGGCGGUACCACCAUCAACAUCAUCAUCAACACCGUCCAAUGUUGGACCGUUGCCACCGCCACCACAACAAGGACAACAACAUUCAUAUUCAUCAUCGAUGCCUCCGCCAUCUCCGCAUCAUCCUCAUCAUCAUCAUCAUCAUCAACAGCAUCAACAACAACAACAACAUCAGCAACCGCCACAAUUACCUGUUGGUAAAUCCAGUGGUAAUCAUCAUCAUGGUGGUGGCCAUCAUCAUGCUCAUCAUGGUCCAAGGCAGCAUCCAAUACCUCAAGUUCCACCGCCUCCCAUCAGCUCGUCUCAAGUUCAAAAGAUAUUGGACGAGAACAAUCAUCUUAUUCAUUGUAUAAUGGAAUAUCAAAAUCGAGGCCGUGCACAGGAUUGUUUUGCGUUACAACAAACAUUACAUAGAAAUCUUGUCUAUCUAGCAUCGGUUGCUGAAACUAAUCCAAAUCUAAACCAAAUAUUGCCACCACCAAUGUUUCCGCCACCAGCAACAAAUGGUCCACCUAUACCUCCGAAUCAUAAUUCCACAGCCCCAGGUUAUCCACCCAAUAUCACAGUUUCUGCUGCUCAAGCACCUUCACAUCCUCCUCCACCAGCUAAUCAUCAUCAGCCAAUGUCGACACCGGCUACAACACAAUCUCAACGCAUGACACCGCCGAAUAAUUUGGAAAAUAAUAACACUGUUAAUGCAGAUCAUCACAAUAAUAGUAAUAAUAAAUCCUUAUCCGAAAGUAAUGAAAAUUAUCCACCUCGGUCAGCAACACCAUCAUCAUCCAGAAGAGAACAACCGCAAUCACAAGAAUCGAUACCACCACGGCCACCAUCAGUAUCAGCUUUACCAACAUCGCAAUCAUCGAACGUAUCAAAUUCUAAUCCAUCCAGGCCAAAUUAUGGUAGUGGAAAAUCGCAACCGUCUGGUCAACAACCACAUCCAAUUUAUCCGCCUGCCCCUCAUUCAUCGCAAACCUGGAUGCCACCUACAUCCACUCAACCGCAGCAGCAACCGAAUUCUCCUUAUCCACCCGCAAACCAAUAUGGACAAUAUGGACCACCAACUGUUGGUCAUCCAUAUCCUCCACAACAACCUCACCCUCAACAACAACAGCCGCAGCAACAACAACCGACUGCUCCACAGCAAUAUCCUGGCCAUCAAAAUUAUGCAAAUUACGGCUCAAAUUAUGGACCACCACCGCCUCAUCAAAACCAUCACCCUCCUCAUCAACAAUAUCCGCCAAAUCAAUAUGGUCAAUAUCCAAAUUAUCCACCACAAAGUGGCCAAUGGUAUGGCAGUGGGCAAGCUGGUGGUCCUCAAUCGGUUGCACAACAGACAGCUGGACAACCUCCAAUUCUCCCAAAUCAGCCAUAUCCUCCUCCACAAAGUGGCUAUAUGCCUAAUUACUAUCAAGGUUAUGGUCAACAUCCACCUCCUCCCCAUCAACCAUAUGGUCCACCUCCAUCCAACAUGUAUGGGGGUCAACCACCUUAUACAUCAUCGCAAACAUCAAAUGGUUCACAACAAGCGCCAACGGCUGUUAGUCAAACUGGUGGUCAGCACAAUCGAUACCCGCCGCCACCUCAACAACAAGGAUAUCCUCCGGCUGGUCAAUAUCAACAACCUCCACGUGGAGCACCACCAUCAAUGCAUCCAGGUUAUGGUCCUUCGUCAUCAAGUGGUUAUCAUCAUAAUGAUCAAUCACAACAAUCGAAUCAACCGCAACAAUAUCCACCAUCAACAGCAGCAGCCGGACCACCAGUUUCUGGUACUACUGGUGGUGUUGGAUAUUCAAUGCCUCCUCCUCCCCCUACAUCUUAAUUCACUUAACAUGAUAGAAAACAAAUCAUUGUCAUAUUUAAAUAUCAACUAUAACAAAAAAAAAAUCCAAAGUUAAUUCCAUUCAUAGAAAGGAAACAGAUCUAUUUGAUUGUAAAUGUA